AUAGGUGUGUUAGGGGGUGGAGAGGGAGAGCUGAGCGCUGCCUAGAGCAGGGAAGCAUGUCUACUGAGGAGCGCCUGCGACAGCUGGAGCAGCUGAUGGUACACACAGCACCUCGCUGUGGGGAAUCUGAACCCCGUCUGAGUGUGGAGACCCUCCUGGAUCUGCUGCUGUGCCUUUACUAUGAGUUGGUCAGCUCCCCGCUCCGAAAGGACCCGAACAUUGCUGGCUUUCUGCACUGGGUCAGUCCGUUCGCCAACAAGCUAAAGAAGAUGCGUCUGCAGCGAGAGGACUUUGAGAUUCUGAAGGUCAUCGGGCGCGGGGCUUUUGGGGAGGUGGCUGUGGUGAAGCUGAAGAAUUCCGAGAAAGUAUUUGCCAUGAAAAUUCUCCACAAAUGGGAGAUGCUGAAGAGAGCAGAGACAGCCUGUUUCCGAGAGGAGAGGGACAUACUGAUGAAAGGUGACAACCAGUGGAUCACAACACUACAUUACGCUUUCCAGGAUGAGCAGUACCUGUACCUGGUCAUGGAUUAUUAUGUGGGAGGUGAUCUCCUCACCCUGCUCAGCAAGUUCGAAGACCGGCUUCCUGAAGACAUGGCCCGAUUCUACAUCGCCGAGAUGGUGCUGGCUAUUCACUCAAUCCAUCAACUCAACUAUGUUCACAGAGAUAUCAAACCAGACAAUGUUUUAAUUGAUAUGAAUGGACACAUCAGAUUGGCGGACUUUGGCUCCUGUCUUCAGCUUGGGCCGGAUGGUACAGUGGAAACCUCAGUUGCCGUGGGGACCCCGGAUUACAUCUCCCCGGAGAUCCUGCAAGCGAUGGAGGACGGGAAGGGCAAAUACGGGCCAGAGUGUGACUGGUGGUCCCUGGGGGUCUGCAUGUACGAGUUGCUGUUCGGAGAGACCCCUUUCUACGCAGAGUCGCUGGUGGAGACCUACGGGAAGAUCAUGAACCACAAGGAUAAGUUGUCAUUCCCGCCGGACAUCAGCGACGUUUCGGAGGAGGCCCAGGACCUGAUCGCCAAGCUGGUGUGUGGCAAGGACAGGCGGCUGGGUCAGGCGGGCAUCAGAGACCUGCAGGGCCACCCCUUCUUCGCUGGCAUCGACUGGCAGCGUAUCCGCGAGUGCCCACCACCCUACAUCCCUGAGGUCACCAGCCCCACCGAUACAUCUAACUUCGACGUGGACGACGAUGUGCUGAAGUUGGCGGACUCGACGGUUCCUUCCAGCCGGGGUGCGUUCUCUGGACUCCACCUGCCCUUCGUUGGGUUCACAUACACUUCCAACUGCUCACUGUCUGACCGCGGCUGUCUGAGAGACGCUUGGGGCAGCACUUCACUUGACAACCGGGAGGCUGAGGCAUUUGAGAUACAGAUAAAGCAGCUGGAGAUGGACAAGAGGGAGCUGAAUCACAGACUCCAAGAAUCUCUGCAGAAAGCCGCAGUCGGUCACAGCAGCUCAGGGACGGCCAAGAAAGAAAUGGAAAUCAAAAGUCUGAAAGAAGAAAUGCAGAUCCUGAAAACGAGACUGGCAGAGAACCAGCUGGAUAAUGAUGAGCAGGUCAAGAGGAAGAGUGAGUCGGAGAAUCACCAGCUCCGAACCCUGGAGAAGCAGCUGAAGACCCUGAAACAGGAGAAGGAGGAAAUCUAUAAGGAUCUGGCUGAGUCCCGGGAGCAGCUGGGCGUUCAGAGCCGGGAGUUGCGCGAGGCUCAGGUCAAGCGCCAGCGUGCGGAGGAGGAGAUGCAGGAAGGCGAGGAGCGUUACUCCCAGCUCCGCCUGCAGAAGCAGAAGUUGUCCCGGGAUCUGCGCGACCGGGAGGAGGAGAUGGAGGUGGUCAUGGAGAAGGUGGAGAGUCUGCGGCAACAGCUGAGCACGGCAGACCGGUGCCGGCUGGUGCUGGAGGCGAAGAUGGAGGAGCAGGCGCAGGAGGUGGCAGAGGAGAGCCAACUGCGGGAGCGGAGCGAGCAGAGGAGGAGGCAACUGGAGGAGGAGUUGGAGAGGCUGAAGCUGGCACAGACCGGAGCUGACCCCAGCAGCCGAGGCCCUGACCCCAGGCGGGAGCUGGCGGAGGUGCAAGGGAGGGCGCUGGCCUGUGAGGAGGAGCUGGCGCGGCAGCACAGCGCCCAGGCGGCGGAGCUGAAGGCGGCGCGGGAGCAGCUGGAGGAAUCAGAGAGCCGGCAGCAGCGGCUGGAGAGGGAGCUGGUGGCCAGCAGAGACCGCCUGGAGAAAGCACGCAGCGAGCGGCAGUCGGAACAGGAGGAACUUGUGAUGGAACUGCGGGCGGCCCACGAGCAGGAGAAGAACCAGCUGAGGGAAGAGAACCUGAGGCUGAACGUGGAGCUGGAGCCGCUCCUGGAGAAGCUGGAGAAGCUACAGGCCAGAAACAAGCGGCUCGAGGAGGAGCUCCAGGCACUGGAAGGCAGGAAGGAGACCGUGAAGCAGUGGGACACCCAGAUCGCCGAGAUUAUUCAAUGGGUGAGCGAAGAGAAGGAAGCUCGGGGUUACUUGCAGUCGCUGGCUACCAAGAUGGCGGAGGAACUGGACUCGCUGAAGAGCACCAGCAGUAACGCCAAGCCCGUGGACACACACUGGAAGGUCAGGCGCCUGCAGAAACUGGAAGCCUCAGCCAAACUGGAGUUACAGUCAGCCCUGGAUGCUGAAAUCCGGGCUAAGCAAUCACUCCAGGAACAGCUCAACGAAGCCAAGCUCACCAACCUGGCGACAGAAUGCAAGUUACAGGAACUGGAGAAACAGAGUGAGUCUCUGAAGCAGGAGGUUGAGAAGCUCAAAGAGGAGGCACAGACGAAGGUGCAGAAAGGUUUACGUCAAGACUCUGUCUUCUCGUUCCUGUCGCCACUCUCGUUCGAGUCUUUUGAUUUCACCGCCACCUCGCGGCUCUCUCCGGACAGCAGGAAGUCUCCGGGAAGCCCAGUGCCUCAGCCCGAGAGUCCGUCUUUCCGGAGCAGGGAGGUGCCGAUUUCGAACGUGAAGCCCGUGUCUCCUCGAAAGGUGUUGAAGAAGCCCACAUCUCCCCCGCCCGUCGCCCCUCAGGCACCCAAGCCCACUCCUCACCGGUUUAAGUUGAAAACGUUCCAGGUCCCCACAAAGUGCAUGCGUUGUACAUCGCUCAUGGUCGGCUUGAUUCGACAAGGUUUGAGCUGUGAAGUCUGUCACUUUGUUUGCCACUCCACCUGCUCUGCCGAGGCCAUCAUCUGUCCCACCCCCCCCGAGCAAAUCCGGUCGCUGGGGAUUGACCCUGUCAAAGGAACUGGGACGGCAUUCGAGGGUUCGGUGUCGGUCCCGAAGCCGACAGGAGUGAGGAAGGGCUGGCAUCGGGCCCAUGCCAUCCUUUGUGACUUCAAGAUCUUUGUGUACGAGGUGGCAGAGUCCAGGAGUGCCCAGGCCAGUGCUGCAGUCACUCACGUCUUUAAUUUGCGCGAUGAAGAAUUCUCCGUGAGCUCAGUUUUCUUCUCUGAUGUGAUUCAUGCGAACAAGAACGAUGUUCCGUGUAUAUUCAGGAUCACGGCUCCUCAGCUGACAGUCCCAAGCUCCAAGGCCUCCCUCCUGGUGCUGGCUGACAGCGAGAAGGAGAAGAAGAAGUGGGUGACGGUGAUCAACGAGCUGGUCGCCAUCUGCAAGCAGAACGGCUUCAAAGAACAGUCAGCGGUGUGCCUCAAAGAGGCGUAUGACAGCGCACUGCCGCUGAUCCGCAAUACACUCGCUGCCGCCAUCAUAGACAAGGAACGAAUUGCCUUGGGCACUGACGAUGGACUCUACCUCAUCGAUGUGAUAAAAAAUGAAAUCACAUUGCUGGGUGACUGUAAGCGAGUUCACCAGCUUGAGCUGGUGCCCAGUGCCAGGCUGCUCGCCGUGGUGUCCGGAAGGAGCCGGAACGUGCGCGUUUUCACCUGGGAGGACCUGCAGAACCCGGAGGCGACUGGAGCCAAGCUGUUGGAAGCCCGGGGCUCUCAGCUGAUCACCACGGGUAGCCGCUGCCAGGGGAAGAGCACCAAUUGGCUGUGCACAGCUGCCAAGCGCCACGUGACGUGCUACCAGCUGACCACUGGCAAGCAGCCCUUCAGGCGGACACGGGAAUUCCAGGCCCCCGGGACGGUUCAGUGGAUGGGUGUCUUCGAGGAAUGCCUGUGCGUCGGCUAUCCGUCCGGUUUCAGCCUGUACUCUUUGGCGGGCGAAGGACCUCCAGCCAACCUAGUGAGCCCAGAGGACCCUUCCCUCACCUUCCUCUCUCAGGGGCAGGCAGAGGCUUUGUGCGCUGUGACUGUUUCCAGUGACCUUUACCUGCUCUGCUUCAACACGGUUGGCGUGUACGUCAACGGCCAGGGUCAGAGGUCAGAGCAGCGUGAGCUCAUGUGGCCAGCACUCCCUGUUGCUGUGGCUUGUCACGGACCGUACCUGACCGUGUACAGCGAGAAUGCAAUGAACAUAUUUGAAGUGAAGACCGGCGAGUGGAUCCAGACUAUUCCCCUGAAGAAAGUCCGGCCCCUGAACUCAAAUGGAUCCCUGAAUCUCUCAGCAAGUGAGCCGUUCCGGUUAAUCUACCUGCGCAGGAAGGAAGCAGGGACUGAUGAUUUCGUCAUCCCGGAGAAGACCGGGAAUAUCAGGCGGCAAAUGCACCGCACCAAGAGUAAAAGGCGAUUUGCUUUCCGAAUCUCCGAGGAGGACCGAUUCCAGCAGUUAAGGGAGAUGCUGAAAGACCCCCAGAGAAGGUCCAACUUAAUCUCCGGUCCAACCAACUUCAACCACUUGGUGCAUGUGGGCCCUUCGCAAGGCAUGCAUAAUCUCCGGGAUCUGCCCUCGUCAAAAGAUUCACUCGAAGAGAGAAAUCAAAUGUCUUCUGUCCUUCCCACAUUCCGACACCGCAGCAAUACAGAGUCAGGGUUCCUGAGUGAUAAAAAGACUUCCAAAGAUCCAGCACCUGGUUCUUCCAGCAGUCAGCUGCCUAGGAAACAGAUUUCUUCAGACUCGACCUCACUGGCGGAUUUUAAUCCAACUCGUCUCUGACGCCUGGUUUACUCUAGCUUCCCAGCCACCACCUUCCCUCGAGGUGUGGAAUCGAGACGCCCCCCUCACUCCGAACAAUUUGUGCAGAGAUCUUCAGUGUUCCCCAACAGAAACAUUGGCGUCGGUCAACAGGACAACAUCUCUGCAUCCUGAAUGUCAACUGAGUGAUUGUUUCUGGAACAUUCCACCCACCCUGGGCACAGACUCAAGGAUGAUUGCCUCUCCCUUUGGCAUUUAAAGGCUGGCUGGUACAGCCCUUGUGGACUGACUCUUCCCUCACCUCUUAUUCAUGUUGCCACCCCAAACCAUGAGAGUGCACUUGCGGGCAGGAAUAUCAUCUCGGCCAAAGGCCCUCUCGCCAGGGCCCCUUUUGUUAUGGGUGAGGGGGGUGAAUUGAUCUUAACCGCACCAAGGAAUGGGUGGGUGGUCCGUGUCUGCGAUUCUCACAUAUGCCAGGACUGGAGACAGAAAAGGCAUGUCCUGCUCUCUAUCUCUUUCUGCCUUUGCUGCUUUUCUGAAAGUCCCGUGCUUCCUUCAGGUCUGUUGGCCAUUAGGUUAAGUGCAGAGCUGCUGUGAAACCACGCCCGCAUCCUUCAGUUAACUGGUUGUUGCAAUGGCCGGGCAUACGUCCCAUCCUCUGCUGAGGCAGAGGGCACAGACAAUUCCUACCUCACAGUGAGGCAGGCAACUGGCCCCUUCCCCCUCAGAGGGAGAAAAUGAACUUGGUGGGGGGGGAGGGAGGGAAUGUGACUGCCUGUAGACACCGAGACACCUCCACCCCACCCCACAAAGUUACAGGGGGCGGAAAGACAUGGCAGGUAGUGGCCACAACAGGAUGCUGGCAUUCCCUGCGGUCCUUGGAAUGCCCGCAGUAGGUUUGCAGGAAUUUGGUCAUCCCUGUCCACACUGGCCAAGGUUGGGCUUGGCACUGAUGGCACCAAGUGCCACAGAGGAGGCUAAUGCUCUCUUAAAGCUGAUUUAUUUCCCCCAACCGAAAUCCUCCUGUUGAAAAUCACCCUACCACCUCCCAACCACUUGCCGUGUACAUCUCGCUCAUUCGUGGACAUGGGAAAUGCUUCUAUGGCUGUUUAAUACAGGCAUCUGUACAGCAGUGAAGGGACUCUCCGUGUUGUUUUGUUUCUCUGGAGUGACUAACUCAGUAGAAGGAGCCUUCACCAGCCGCCUGAGAAAUGUUUUAUCCCAUGUUGUGCUGAAUGAAUGUUGCAGGAGGUGACAGAGGGAUGUAUAACCGAAGGGACAUGUAACCAAAGGGACAAACAAUGAGGGUAAGUGGCAAAAGCAUCAGAGAGGGCAAGAUGAGACUUUUUUUCUUAAAAAUGCCACAAGUUGUUGUGAUGUCAAAUUCUGUAUUGCUAAGUGACCCUGAGGUGGGAUAGUCCAAUGAGGGGGUGGGGGGGGUGUUGGAGAGGUGGCUAUGUACCCCCAUCAUGGAGGAAAACACUUUAAAACUUCCACGGUACAAUAGAGAUAGUGGAAAGUCUGAGGAACUAACGUUAAUGAGGACAGAUCAACAUACAGUAUUAACGCUAUUAAAUAAAGUACUACUAGAGAAAUUAAUGGGGCCUAACACAGAUAAAAUCCUUGAGACCUACAUCUUAGUCACAGAGUCAUGGAAUGGAAUUACUCCAGUGUGAAGCAGGCUAUUCGGCCCAUCAAGUCCACACUGACCCUCCGAAGAGCAUCCUCCCCAUUAUCACCCCACUAUCCUAUCUUUGUAACCCUGAAUUUGUCGUGACUAACCCACUUAAUAUGCAGCACUGAAACAGAUCCUUCGGUCCAACCAGUCCAUGCUGACCAUAAUCCCAAACUAAACUAGUCCCACCUGCCUGCUCCUGGCCCAUAUCCCUCCAAACCCUUUCCUAUUCAUGUCCUUAUCCAAAAGUCUUUUAAACGUUGUAACUGUACCCGCAUCCACCACAUCCUCUGGCAGUUCAUUCCAAACACAGACUACUCUGUGUCAAAACGUUGCCCCUCAUGUCCUUUCUAAAUCUUUCUCCUCUCACCUUAAAAAUAUGUUUCCUAGUUUUGAACUCCCACCUUAGGGAAAGGACCUUUGGUAUUCACCUUAGCUAUGGCCCUCAUGAUUUUAUAAAUCUCUGUAAAGUCACUUCUCAACCUCCUACGCUCCAGUAAAAGAAAUUCCAGGCUAUAUCCAGCCUCUCCUUAUAACUCCAGUCUUCCAUUCCCAGCAACAUCCUGGUAAAUCUUUUCUGAACCCUCUCCAAUUUAAUAAUAUCCUUCCUAUUUCUAAACUUACGAGAAUAUAGACCCAGCCUAUUUAACCUUUUCCAACAGCACAAUCCCUCCAACCCAGAAAUUAGUUUGAUGAACUUUUGUUGCACACCCUCUGUGACAAAUAUCCUUCCUUGGGUAAAGUGACCAAAACUACCCUCAAUACUCCAGAUGUGGUCUCGCCAAGGCUGUAUAUCGUUGCAGUUAACCAGAACGGCACAGAAGAGGCUUCACCAAUGUCCUGUACAAUCUCAAUGUGACGUCGCAACUCGUACUCUCAAAAAGUCUGAGCAAUGAUGACAAGCAUGCUGAACUGUUGAAAAUGAUUGCUGUAGACAUUGUAGAUGCAUUGGUGGCCAUCCUCCAGAAUCCUUUAGGUCUGGAAUGGCCCCAGCAGAUUGGAAGUGUGAAAAGUAACGCCACUAUUAAAAAAGGAGAGAAAGAGAAUGAUGGCCCUGUUAGCCAAAUAGCAGUCACUGUAAAAACAGUAGCACCUGUCAUCAGGACACUUAGAAAGUAGUGGUAGGAUAGGGUAGGGUCAAUGUGAAUUUAUGAAAUGUUUGACAAAUUGUUUGACAGGUUGGAGUUUUCUAAGGACAUAAGCAGAAUAGAUAAGAGAAAUUGGUGGAUGUGGAAUAUUUAGAUUUUCAGAAGGAUUUCAGUAAAGGUCCCAUACAAGUAAACAGAUGAAAGCAUGUGGGAUUGGGGGAUACAUCGAUGUGGAUUGAGACCUGGUUAACUGACAGGAAAUGGAAAUAAAUCAGUCCUUUUCAGGAUGGCAGUCUAUAACUAGUGGGGUGCCAUAAGGAUAAUUGCUUGAGCCCUAGCUGAUCACAGCUGAAAAUGUGUUGCUGGUUAAAGCGCAGCAGGUCAGGCAGCAUCCAAGGAACAUUUUCAGCUCUGAUCUCCAGCAUCUGCAGACCUCACUUUUUACCCCUAGCUGAUCACAGUCGAUAUCAGUUAUUUGGACAUGGGGAUUAAAUAUUCCCAAGUCUGCAGGUCACACGUAGAAUAUGAGAUUGAAGAAGAGCACCAAGAUGUUCCAGCUUGAAGAGCUGAGUGAGUGCGCAAACAUUUGCAGAUGGAAUACAACAGCAAGAAAUGUGAAGUUAUCCAAUUUGUUUGGUAAAACGGAAAUACAAAGUAUUUCUUUAACCGUGAGACGCUGCAAAGUGUGGAACUUUAAAGGGAUUAAGUUGCCCUUGUUCAUGAGCCUCUGAAAGCUAACUUGCAAGCCAUGAGAUGCCUUGUUGCCUUUAUUAUAAGGGGAGUGGAGUACAGGAGGAGAGGUGGCUCGCUACAAUGAUAUACAGCCUUGGCGAGACCACAUCUGGAGUACUGAGAGCAGUUUUGAUCAUUGUAGCUAAGGAAAGAUAUUUGCUGCAAAAGGUUCAUCAAACUAAUUUCUGGGUUGAACUGUUGGAAAAGGUUAAUAGGCUGGGUCUAUAAGUUUAGAAAAAUGUGAGGUGAUCUACAGAAAGUUCUUACAAGGCUUGACCAGGUGAAUGCAGGAAUUCUUAAAGAGACAAAAUUCCUUUUAGUACGCAGUCAUGGGUAUGAAACUUCACUUCUGCCACAUUACUGCCUAAGGCUGUUAGACAGAUUUUUGAUUCACAGGGGGAUUUGACAAAUACGAGGGCAUAGGCAGGAAGAGAGUCAAGGCUACAAUCAUACUGAGUGGUGGAGCAGGCUCGAGGGGCCGAAUGGCCUGCUGCAGUUCCUUUUUUUUAUUAUGAUCUUGGCUCAUCUCAGGCGACCCAAAGAGUAAUUCUGCCGACAGACAUUUGUUGAUCGUUGUUAGUGGCUGUUUCUGGAAAGCAGCUGGAUCUCCGAUACGAGGAGAGGGAGGCCACAGGAAUGCAGUGUACAGCAGUCAGGGGACACCCCGUGACUGCCAGGUUCCAUUAGCCCAUUCCUCCCCACCCCCACACUGAAGCCAGUGACUGUGAAUUGACACCAUUAGCCGAUUCCAGCUUAGUUUCUUUCAAACGGGAUUUAUUAUUGUCUCUCUCUACCUUUCAUAUUCUGAACAGUUGGUGGCCGGGUCCGUCCUGGGGUUGCUUGUGCAGUCACAGUCGAUGUUGAGUUCACAGCUGGCCGUGUCUAGGGGCUCCCCGCAAGAGGUGUGAUGCUGUGGCUGGCUGUGCCUCAUAGCACCCACCUCCCUGCUGUGGGAACAGAAGCUUCCAUGUCACAAAGGCCGACAGGAAACACCUUCUCUCUCGCGGGGAGGCUUGGUAAAGGUAUGCUCGCAUCGGGAGGGGGUCUGGAGCUUUUUUCAAAGAGAAGGACAUUCUCACAUGGGGAUAUCACUUGUUGCCCACCCCUAAGAAUCCCUGGAACUCAGUGGCUUGCUCGUCCAUUUCAGAGGAAAAAGACAUUUGCUAUGGGGAUGGAAUCAUAUGCUCAAUAAAAUAGAUUCCCUACCUUAAAAGGACAUGAGUGAACAAGAAGGGAUAUAGAGUCAUAGAGAUGUACAGCAUGGAAACAGACCCUUCGGUCCAACUCAUCCGACCAGAUAUGCUAAAUUAAUAUAGUUAUUACAAUAAUAA